GUGAGCGCGUCCUCAAGGCGAUCGCUGAUUGGUCGGGGGGUUAGAGUAGCGGUCGUGAGAGGGCAGUCGAGCUAGAGCACGAGGUCACACACAGACGUGCCGAGUUAUCACGCAAGACAAGUCUUCCUGUUUGCUUUAUUACAUUGAAUCCUUCGACGGUCUAAUUACCUCUACAUGGUGUCAGAAGUGGUCUUGAAACUCGUACAAGCUUUACGAGGAACCAAGCGGUGAAGGAAUUAUCGGCUUAUAAUCCUGAUUGAGUGCUGAGAAGCGUCCAAAGAAAAAAAAAAUGGCGACUACUACAAAGGAAAUAUUACCAAGUGUACAAACGCUUUCAGAGUUUAACUUCGAAAAACCUGAGACAUGGGCAGUAUGGUUAAAGCGUUUUGAACGCUAUAUGUCGGUCGCAAAUCUCAAGGAGAGAGAAGAGAGUGAGAAGAUCGACUUGCUGUUGUACACAAUGGGUGAGAAAGCCGAAGAUAUUUUGACUCAGAUAACGGCAGGAAGCAGGGUGACGACAUUAAAAGUGGUCACAGAUAAAUUUACGGGGUAUUUUGCGCCAAAGAAGAACACGGUCUUCGAACGAUAUAAGUUCAAUUCCAGAAAGCAGCAGGCGGGUGAAAGUGUAGACUCGUUUGUUACGGCGUUGUACUCGCUGGCGGAGACUUGUGAGUAUGGCACGAUAAAAGAAGAAUUAAUACGUGACCGAAUAGUUAUUGGUAUACGAGAUACGCGUACGUCAGAACGGCUACAAUUAACAGCAGAUUUGACUCUGGAAAAAGCCUUAAACAUGGCUCGUCAGGCCGAAACUCAAGCCAAAGAAGGAAAAAUGAUUAGAAAAGAAGUGGCGUCAGAACAGAGCGAGUUGAAUAGAGUUUUUCGCUCACAAAAAAACAAAGAAGAAAGGAGGAAGGACCGAGAGCAGCGCGGAAGCAGGAACGAGACACAGAGGGGCAACGAGAACUGUGGUAGAUGCGGUAAAGCGAAACACACGGAUUUCAAGAAAUGUCCAGCGUUCAAGUCAACGUGUCACAAGUGCCAAAAGGUCGGUCAUUGGGACAAGAUGUGCAAAUCAAAGAAAGUGCGCAGAGUCGAAGAACAAGAAGACGAGGAAGAUGACAAUUCAUCGACAAUAUUUCUAGGAGCCGUGCGCGGGAGCGCACAAGCUGAUAAAGACUUUUUAUUCCGGGCGUAUGUGAAAGAAUUGUCGCGACAAAUAGAUUUUGUUAUAGAUACUGGUGCGGAUGUCACAUGCGUUGCAGUUAAUUCAAUUCCUAGAGAAUUAAAAGAGAAAAUUAGCGAGACAGAUAGGAUUAUUGUAGGGCCUGACGGGAAAAGACUUUCGGUCGCCGGUUACUUAUACAUAAACAUAAUAAAAGGGAAAACAAUGUCAAAAUCAAAAGUGUAUGUAUUAAACGGGUUGAAACAGAACUUGUUAGGGAAGCCGGAAAUAAAUAAGUUUAAAUUAAUAGGCAAAAUAAAUACUCUGCAAUCGGAAAGCAUGUCUCAAGUACAACCGUUCAUUGAAUUUUCUAAAGUGUUUAGCGGAUUGGGAUCCUUUAAAAAAGAGUUAAAAAUUCACUUAAAAGAUGAAUUCAAACCAUUUUUUCUGACGACUCCACGUACAGUACCAAUACCGUUAUUAAAAAAACUCAAGUUAGAACUAGAUAAGUUAGUCAGUGAGGGAAUUAUAGUACCUGUAGAUUUUCCUACAGAGUGGUGCAGUCCAAUAGUGGUAAUUCCUAAAAAAGGUACGGAACAAAUAAGAAUUUGUGGCGACUUCACUCAAUUAAAUAAAAGUGUAAAAAGGGCGCACUUUCCGAUUCCGAAAGUAAAUGUAACUUUAUCAAACUUAAAAAAGUCAAAGAUAUUUUCUAAAUUAGAUGUAAGAACGGGUUUUUAUCAGAUAAAGUUAAGAAGGGAAAGUCAACCGUUGACAACCAUCAUUACACCGUAUGGUAGGUACAUGUUCACUAGACUACCGUUUGGUAUCAAUUGUUCGCCAGAUUAUUUUACGCAGUGGUACACCGAGAUCCUACGAGAUGUGCCAGGAGUGGACAUACAUACAGAUGAUGUAAUAGUCCAUAGUGCGACAGUGGAGGAGCAUGAUAGAAUACUCCGGAUAGUUUUAGACAGGCUGCAAAAGGCAGGUAUAACUCUAAACAAAGAUAAAUGUGUUUUCGGAACAAAUAAAGUAGAGUUUCUAGGACACGAAAUUUCAGAAAAGGGCAUAAGUAUCUUGCAAAAAAGGCUAAAAGCUAUAACAGAUUUUGAUCCUCCUAAGGAUAAGAAAACACUUAUGCAAUUCUUAGGCGCGGUAAAUUACGUUAGUAAGUUUGUACCGAACAAGUCGCACAUAUUAGAACCAUUGAAUUCAUUGUUAAAAGAUAAUGUACAUUUUGUAUGGUUAGAACCACAGGAAAGGGCUUUUAAUGAAUUAAAAAGACUGUUAAAAACAGCUCCCAUAUUGUCGCAUUAUGACUACACUAAAAAGGUAGUGAUACAGGCGGAUGCAUCGAGUUACGGUUUAGGGGCGGCAUUAAUGCAAGUAAGCGAAGAUGAAAGCCGCGAAAUAGUAGCAUAUGCGUCCACUACGCUUACAGAAACGGAAAAGAAAUACAGCCAGAUAGAAAAAGAAGCAUUAGCUCUUGCGUAUGCUACGGAGCAUUUCAAGGAUUAUAUAACCGGAAUUGAUAUAACUCUCGAAACAGAUCAUAAACCGUUGCUACAGAUACUGCAAAGCAAACCGCUUGAUGACUUAACACCGCGGUUGCAAAGGAUCAGAUUGAGACUAAUGCGUUAUAACUAUGAGAUAGUUUACGUACCAGGUAAACAAUUAGUAUUAGCGGACUGUCUUUCAAGAAGUCCGGUUAAACGAGAAAAUGUAAAUUAUAAAGAUGGGUUGCCACAAGAAAUAGAGAGUUAUGUCAAUUUCGUAGUAGAUAGUUUCCCGGCGACUAAGAGUAUGAUAGAUAGAAUAAGAGAUGAACAAGGAAAAGACUACGUCUGCUCAAGAUUAAAAGAUUAUAGUCUGGGGAAAUGGCCAGACAAAAAUAAAUUAGAAGAUGGUUUGUUACCAUAUUUUAAUCUCAAGGAGAACAUCUCAUUUUGUAGUAAUCUACUUUUGUAUAAUUCGAGGCUAAUCAUACCGUCCAAUUUACAAUUAGAAAUGUUAUCCAAAUUGCAUGCAGGGCAUUUGGGUAUUAACAGGUGUCGUGAAAUGGCUAAACAAUCAGUUUGGUGGCCGGGCAUUAGUAGUCAGUUGAAAACGUUAGUAGAAAACUGUCCAAACUGUAUCGAGAAUAGAAGAAAUAUCAAAGAACCUUUCACAAAAGAAAGUUUUCCAGAAAGACCAUGGCAGAAAAUUGCCAUAGAUUUAUUCAAAUUCCAAAGCAGAUGGUAUUUGAUAAUAACAGAUUAUUAUUCAAGAUAUUUUGAUAUUUUAACUUUAAAAGCGUUAACUGAAAAGGCAGUUAUAAAAAAAUGUAAGAAAGUCUUUGCGAGAUUUGAAAUACCAGAGAUAGUGAGAACAGAUCCGGGUACACAAUUCUCCACAGAAUUUGAUAAAUUUGCCAAAGAAAUGGAUUUUAAACAUGUAACAAGUUCACCCAAAUACUCGCAAAGUAAUGGUGAAGUAGAAUCAGCGGUAAAGAUCGCGAAAAUGAUCCUAAAGAAAUGCGAAGACGUUAAUAAAGGUCUGUUGUCGUAUAGAUCAACACCUCUGGAUAAUGGUUAUUCUCCUGCUGAACUAAUGUUUUCUAGGAAAAUUCGAUCCCUAGUACCUAUGAUUCCGUCAAAAUUAGGAACAUUUGUAAAACAUGAAGACAUAUCUAAGUUAGAAAAAGAAAGAAAGGAUAAACAGGAGAGUAAUUAUAACAAGAGACACAGAGCGAAAAAGUUAUCAGAACUAAUAGUAGGAGAUAAAGUAUGGGUCAUUGACAAGAGAGUCUAUGCGGAGGUGGUAAGUUUAGGUGAAGGUCCAAAUUCAUAUUUAGUUAGAACAGAAGGUGGUGGUGUAAUUCGCCGAAACCGUUGGCAUUUAAUAUAUGCGCCGUAUAAAGAUAACAUAGAGGUAGAUGUAAGUAGCGAUAAUCCAGUGUAUCUAGAAGAAGACAAUAAGGAGAUAAGUUAUAAACAUGCGGAAACGGGGCCAGUAAAUAAAGCAGCAAACGGUAGUACGCAAGACGUAAGCGAUAAGGGCGAAGCAAGUAGCGUAAAUCCCGCGAAGGAACAGUCUCAAUCUCAGAGACCAAAACGAGACGCUAAACCGAAUUCCCGUUUCAAAGAUUUUGUAUGUCAGCCGAGCUAUGUAAAGAAAAAGAAAAUGUGAGACUUUUCAAUA